AUGUCAAGUCUUUUAAACUACGAUAAAUUGCUCAAAUGGUCGAAUCUAAAUCAUAUGUUUACCGCACUGGCAGCCUAUGGUGGCGUGUCCUGCAUUUAUCCUACCAACUCAUACAUUGUCGUUGGUACAACGAAGGGAUUGAUUCUGAUUUUCAAUUAUAAGGAGUUUUUACAAUAUAUAUUGAUGCCUCAGGCAUUAAAUGAAGAUGAUCACAAUCUAAGAUCUAAAGUUCAAUUGGUUUCCCUUUCCGCUGAUGGUACCCAUUUGGCUGCUUCUUACCAGUCUGGCGAUGUGUUUCUCUGGGACCUUUCAAUGACAACAACCACAAAUGGGAACCGCACAACUACUGGUACCGCUAUUGAACCCAUCAAUGCCAUCCUUCAUAUUACUGAACAUAGAGAUAUUCAAGUUAAUGGACUCGAAUUUGUCGGAAACAGACAUACAGGACUUCUAGUAAGUGACCUGGACGGUAAUAUCACAUUCCAUAAUGGUUAUAGGUCGAGACUGUGGUAUCUCGAUUAUACUUCCAAAAAGAUUCUAUCUAUACCUUCAAAUGAAAUAUUACUUAAUUGUAAAUCACAACUUUUCAUUAAGAAUAAAGAUGUUGAUAAUGGUCUAACUGCAGUUUUAACAAAUACUAAUUUCGCCAUAAUGCAAUUGGCAAAGAAUAUGGCCGGUAAUAUUGUGUUUCAAGAAAAAAUUACCUACAAUUCAACAUCUCGUUUAAUUCCUUACAAUGAUAUCUCAUGGUAUAGAAAACCACGGGAACGAAUUCAAACUAUUUCUUUCUCUAUAAAUAACCAAGUCAAUGUGAUAAAAUUUCAACUAGUUAAUAACCGAUGGUUACAGUUGGUAAGUAAAAAAAUAACCUAUCAACUCCUCGAACCUAUAAUAUCAAUGAAUUGGAUUUCAGAUUCCUUGCUUUCAUUUUUCACAAUCUCAAAUAGAUUUUUGAUCAUGAAUCCCUUCCAAAAUUUUGAAAUUAUAUUAAGUUUAGAUCUAUCUAGGUCAGUAUCCCUGUCAUCAAAUAAUAUUGUCUUCAAACUUUUCUCCAAUAAAAUUUUCAUUUCAAGCAGUUUUUCCUUUACAUUAGGUAGUUUCCAAUCUUGGUCAUCAUUAAUACUAAAUCAUGUUCAGCGAGGUGACUAUAUCAAUGCAUUAAACUUAUUGAAUACUUUUGUGACGUCCAAUUCAGACUCACGAGAAACAAUUCAUCAUCUAGCAACACUUUUGAAUUUAAAUCCAGAAAUAGAUAAGAGGAAAUUACAACUUUUGGACCCAUUUCACAACUUAUCCCUUGCUGCAUUAAAAUAUCUACUUAAAGAGGACACCAAUAACGAAGAUGACAUGGCAAAUCUACUAGCACUUACAAUUCAUAUUCAAUCAAGUUGGUUCCCAAAUGAUAAGGAAAGCUUGCUGCUUUUUUUAGAUCAACAAUGGGAAUCAAUUUUAACGUCUAAUGGCUCAAGAAAGUCAGUAUACCUUGAAACAGUAGUUGAAUUAGUUUCAAAUGAAACAUUGAAGAUUAUACCACCAUCAAUAUUUAAAUCAGUGAUCUCCCAUGUUAUAGAUAAUAAUGAAAAAUACGAUCCUACAAAGUUAAAUUCGUUGAUUUUACAUUUGGAUCCAAAUUGUUGGGAUGUAGACUACUUGUGCAAACUCAUGAGAAACCUGAAUUUGCAAAAUCAAAUGUUAUUAUGCUACGUGUGGAAUAUCAAGUUUGACGACUUCGUAACGCCAUUAGUUGAUCUGCUAAAGUGGAUUAGAGAUGGAAACACUUCCAAUACAGAAAUAUUCCACAGUGAAGAGGAGCCGGAUUUUGUUUUUGACUACAUCAAAUACUUACUAUUAGGGAAUUACUAUCCUUCAAAUGAAUCGCUUUUACCAUUUUCAAAACAAGCCAAGGUUAAAAGUCAGCUUUGUUACAUUAUAUUCAAUGGUGUGUGCAUCAACUGGCCAUACAGCACUUCCAAUAGGUUCUCAGCAACGCAAGGAGAACAGCCAUCGUUCCCAUACUUUAACUUAUUAUUGCACUUUAAUGCACCAAAAUUUCUGGAUGUAUUAACUGCCAUUUUGGAGGAUUCCUUUUUUAGUGAAGAAGAAGAGGAAAAUGAUGAUUAUUACGGUGAACAUAACUCUUUGGAAAUUGAUACUGAAUUUUCCCUGAAGGUAACAAGGCAAUACGUUGUUGACAUAUUUCUCGAUAAACUUCUUUUAUCAGAUCCUCAAAUAGAUAAAACUCUAAUAUCAAUAUUCCUAGCAACUAAUAUUCCCAAGUAUCCUCAAUUUAUCCGUGUCAUGAACACCCAGCUUGAAUGUAUAGUCUCUGAAUUAUUAAGGCCAAAUGUAUCUGUCGAGUCCAGUCAGUUGGAGAAUGGACUUGAAGCUUUAUUACCCAUUUACGAGCCCAAAGAUGAGAAUAAGUUCAUCACUGAACUAAAAGAGAGAAACUUUUAUGGUGCCAUGUAUCAAUUUCACCAUCGAAACAAGAAUUUCGUUGAAUUAUUAAGGAUGACACUAGACUACAGUGUAGUCUUUGAAACUUACGAAAAUAUAACAUUGGGUUCGACGUUUGAAAUAAUUAUCAAAAAUAUCAUGCAUUUAGAUUUAGAUGCACAACUAGAAGUUGCUGACAUAAUAAGUUUCAAUUUCACAAAAAUUAUGCAUAUUCUUAAUCCUACUUCGACGGUUAAGUAUAUUCAGAAGAUCGAUCCUCAAUUACAUGAAAAUAUUUUGAAGUUAGAGGACGAAAGUGUAAUGCAAGAGUAUAUGGAGGAGCUCUUCAAAAGUUAUACCAAUAGCAGUACAGCAUUGAAAGAUGCAUAUAUUUCCUUAUGUUGUAAAUUUAAACCCCAAAGUGAUCUAAUACCAUGGCUUACUUCACUGCAAUUGGAAGGUGUUUCAAUCGAGAAGCUGACCAGUAAUCUUCAGAAUACUAGCAACUACGAAGGUCUUUCUGUAAUUUACUCGAAACUGAAAAAUUAUGAGUUGGUUGUUGAUAAUUUAGUCAUGUGUAUAAAUGACUGGUUUUUGGCAGGCAUAGAAGAAGAAAUUAAAUUAUCUACUUUCAUUGACUCCGCAAUAAGUGCAAUUUAUCUGGCUGUUGAUGACGCAAGAUUUAAUUGUUGGAUGAAAUUAAUUACUUCACUAUUUAUGCAGUACCAACAGGGCAAAAUACAACCAAUAUGUGACAAAAUGUUACAGUAUGUCUUUGUCAAGCUUGCCCUGUUUGGUGACUAUGAAGCUGGCACCGACGGAGAUAAUAAUAUGUAUAAAGUUUUAUCUGGUGUUUUGGAACACACCGAUAUUAUUAAAAUGAAGGUUGCUGAUAUAAAAGGGCUUUUCAUUGAUGUCUCUACCACUUAUAAUUUAGAGGAAAUUAUAUCUGAACUUAUUUUAAAAAUUACAGAAAAUUCAUCCGUAAACAUUGUAAAUGAAUAUCGGAGCUCCUUGGUUGAAGGCUGGUCUAUCCACAAUGAUGAGUGCGAAGUUUGUGGGAAAAAGCUAUGGGGCGUUGGCUUAAGCCCAAUAGUUUUCAAGAUUUGGGAACAUAAGAGAAGGAAGGAAGAAAUUCCUGAUGUUGUGAUAGAAAAUGCUAAGCUUGUCAUUUUUAAAUGUAACCAUGGCUUCCAUACAAAAUGUCUAGAAAAUUUAGGUCAGAAAAAUGGCAACUAUGAAUGCCUAUUGUGUAAUGAACAAUGA